GGCUCUGCGAACAUAUUUUCUAAUUGUAUCACCAAAGAAACCUGGAAGACUUAAGGAGUUCAAAAUGUCCAUCGCCCAGGCUGCGGCCAAGGCCAUGCUAUCUGAUGCCCUGCUGCAGGGCAGCCCCGGGAUAAACCGAAUCAGCCACCUGGAGCUGGAGCUUCCUCUGGACAAGGUCAUCAAGUUUGUGUCAGUCGGCCUUCCGCUGCUGCUGGUGUGCAUGGCCUUCGCCCGUGAGAUCUCCCUGGGGCCUCAGAUCAGCUGUUUCCCUCCCAGCAAUUUCACCAUCAAGCAGGCCAGCUAUGUAGACACAUACUGCUGGGACUCUCUCAUGCAUCAUGAGUUUGACAGUGCUGGGAACUUUGAGGAGCGCUCGCUAUGGGUUCAUAAAAUGUUUCCUUACUCUCUUCUGGCCAUGGCGGUGUUGAUGUACCUGCCGGCUCUGAUCUGGCGCCAGCUCGUCAUGCCCUCACUGGGCUCAGACCUGCUCUUCAUUAUUGACGAACUAGACAUGUCGUACAACCGCUCGGUCCGACUGGCCCAGAACAUUCUGGAGAUGCGCCAGACCACUAAGAACCCCCUCACAUUUCAGGCUGAACUGCAAAGGGCCAAGAAGAAGCGAUACUUUGAGUACCCUCUCCUGGAGAGAUACCUGCAGUGCAAACAGAACUCCUACUUCCUCGUUAGCAUGCUUUUCUUGCGGGGCUUCCUGCUCCUGACCUUCAUGACAGCUGCCUGCCUCUACCUGGCCUACUUCCACCUGUCCGCCUUCCUGCAGGACGAGUUCAGCUGCUUCGUCCGAACAGGCAUGCUGCGGGACCAGAACUGGGUCCCCGAACUGGUUCAGUGCAAAAUGAUCGGCCAGUUGGUUUUUCAGGUGAUAAGCGUGGCCAACGGUGCCAUAUACGCCCUGCUGGCUCCCAUCGUCCUCUUCAGCCUGAUCCGGCUCUUUGUGUGGGACACCACCUUCAUCUCCGUCUACGAGCUCCUGCCGGCCCUCGACCUCAUCAACCGCCGGCGACUCGGCUGCCCGCUGAACGACCUCAACGUCCUGCUGCUCUUCCUGCGCGCUAACGUGGCUCACCUGAUGUCCUACGGGAAGGUGAGGGCCCUGUGUUCGCUGGCGCCGCCGCAGGUGGGCAACGCCGGCGCAGGCCAGGGACUGAACGCCAUGCUGAGCCAAGAGGAGAUGGAGGAGCGCGAAGAGGCUGCGAUGGAGCUGGCAGAGGCGGUGGAGGAGGCCAAGGAGGAAGGGAAGUUCAACCUGGUAGACAUCAUGACCAUUCUGGGAGCGGCGCAGGGGAGAGUGGUAAACUGCAGCGAGACGAGGCCUCUGGUGGAGGAGAAUAUGAGUCUCGAGCCAAACCACCAGGGCUACCAUGAGUUGAAGGAGACUGCACCAUUUAGUCAUUACUAGGCCUCCUAUGGACUGAAUCAAUGUGAUAACAAUGGGGGGGUUGGUACAGUAGAUUUUCAGGAGUACUGUAUCCACAAAGACUGUGGACAUUGAUCAAGGGUUUCUGUGGUCUGAAGACAAAAAAUAAAAAAACUCUUUUGGAAUUACAGGGCAAAUUGUUCUGGCUAGAAAUGUCAAUGUAUUUGGAUUUGUCAGUUUUCAGCAUGUGUGCGUCUGUAGCUGCCACAUACUUUCUUUCUGUGUCCUACUUUGGUCCCAUGUGUUGUUUAGGAGGCCAGCGGAGGCUAGAGUUUGAAGGAGAGCACGCAAAAGAAAGUGGCUGUUGUAAUUAUGGUGAGAGAACACACAGCAUAAGAGCAAAUUAUAACUACACACAAAAAAACACAUUUGUCAUUGUGACUGGGUUAGACUGCGCAUUUGUGAGAGUUCUGAAAGUAUGUACAUCAAUUGAGAGACAGAAAGACAUUUUCAGUGGCAGCUAUAGAUUCCAUUGACCACUAUAUUAUGUUCAUGAACUUAAUGAGAGGUGAGGUAUUUGAUAUUACUGUACUACUUUUUUUUUGGCUUCCUUCUACUACUAUUUACGUUAUGAGCAAACUAAAC